AUGUCCAUCAGAAUGGAAAUACAUGAUGAUGAUUCACAGGUGGAAGACAUGGAUACCUCUGACGUACCAUGGUGUUGGUUCUACCUGGCUGAGUGUGGAGCAUGGCACAUGUUUGAUACUGAAUCAAAGUAUUAUUUAGUGACCAGUAACAACAUUGAGGAGCAUUACAUGAAUACUGAUGGUGGUACCAUGAUGUUUUCCACCAACAAAUAUAUUUAUUCUUUGAACUUUUCAGAAAUGAAACUAACAAACCAAACAACUGGAAGACAGUGGCCAGUAAAGCGAGCUCCUUAUCGUUUAACAACAUUUACAUAUAUCUGUGAUCAUCUAGAAAUAUCUGUUCCAUCUCAUUGGGAAAAUGUCAAAGAUGAAUCUUAUCAGGUUAUUCCUCUGGGCACAUGCACAAAUGAAUUUAAAGAAGUCAGUAAACUUUUCACAAAAACUUUGAAUGUAAACAUUAAAGAAAUAAAAAGAAUUCAAAAUAUUCACUUGUGGGAAUUUUUUUGUAGGAAAAAAAUACAAUUGAGUAAGAUUAAGCAAGGCAAACAUAUUCAAGAAAUGAAAUUAUUUCAUGGAACUAAUAAUGAAAAUGUACAUGCCAUAUGCUUAGAUAACUUUGACCCACGGCUACAUGGUAUUCAUAAAGGCUCUGUACACGGAAAAGGAACCUACUUUGCAAGAGAUGCAUCCCGUGCAAAGAAAUACUGCCAAAUAAGUGGACUGCAUGUAGUGUCAUCACCUGCAGGCAGCAGUCAGAAUAGAAUUAUCUUUCUGGCUCGAGUACUUGUUGGAGAGUUCAUUAAAGGCAACUCACAAUAUGUCAGGCCUCCUUCAAAAAACAGCUCCUCAACAAACUUUUAUGAUAGCUGUGUGGACAAUGAAAGUAACCCUGAAAUAUAUGUUAUCUUUGAUAGGAACCAAAUAUACCCAGAAUAUAUAAUUGAGUUUUAAUUAUUUUGACACUUAUUUAUGUAGCACAUUUUCACACAUGAAAGUAGCUAAAAGUGAUACACAAUAUUAAUAGCUGAACAGAUACAGAAUUUAAUUGGCAAUUUUAUCUACUCUUCUCAUCACUUUCUUUCUAGUCUUUAUUAUAUUUAUAUGUUUUUGGCACUAGUGAUAUAAUGACUUUAGAUUAUGGGACUGUAAUACUUAUGUCAAAUGAAAGACUUGUGAUAUUUCAUAAUAUUAA